CAGGGACAGGAUGAUUUUUAUCAGAAUCCUUUUGGUCUUCCUGACGCUGGAAAGCGCAUAUUCGUCUGUCAUUGUGAAUCCUUCCCCAGUUGCAAAUGUGACAUAUGGAACACCAUUAUUCUUCCAAUGUACAUUUUCACCGAAUUGGACAAGUGCUAGUCUUAACAUUCCUGGUAACAUUGGUUUCGAGUUUGCCAUAUUUAAAGGUGCAUGUUCAGUUCAUUCGGAUAAGCAGGCUGAUUACAGCGUAAGCUGUGAUGGAGACACAAUAACUUUUGGUAUACAGCGACCUUCAGAUGGGCAAACAUGGCGCUGCACUUACGCUGAUACCAACAAUGUCAAAGAACAUGGGACAACAACCGUCAAUCUGCAACCAGAUCCACCCGUUAUAACGCUACAAAACAGUGUGUACAGAAUCAGAGAGGGUUCUAAUUUGACAAUUCCAUGCACAUUCAGCGGUGCACCCAUAUACAAUGUCACAUGGGAACACGCAACUGGUGUAACACACUGGUCAAAUGAUACCAAAACAUUGUUAUUGAGUUUCAACAACAUUUCUAGAUCAGCUUCAGGAGAUUAUACCUGUAACGUUUCUGUUAUUUAUAAGGGAAAUUAUACCGCCUCAAAAACAGUCAACCUAGUCGUGGGGUAUCCGCCCACACUAAAAUCAAGCAAUGAAACCAUCACGGAUGAAGGAGAGGGUAAUGUUACGUUUACUUGCGAGAUCUCGGUGGAUGGACUUCCAAGAAAUUAUAGUGAACUAUAUUGGCAACAGUGGAUAGGAAACAAUAUGAUUCGAGAACUACCUUCCGACAACUCUAUUAACCCCUCCAGCAAAAGAUAUACUUUGUCCUUAACAUCGGUUACCUAUAAUGACACCGGAAGCUAUGUGUGUUUGUUGGGAAAUGGUAUCGCUAAUUUGAAAGGGGAAGUAAAUCAAACUGCAAAGGUAGAUCUGGUCGUACAAGGGAAACCACGUAUCCUCCAUGCAUUACCUGAGUAUCAUUGUACAGUCGGAAAGAAUUUUAGUUUACAAUUCGAAAUUAUUGGACAUCCAUCUGUUCAUUCUUCAAUUAUUGUCAAAAACGGAGAAACUGGUCAUCAGUUUAGAAAAGUAGACACAAAACGCCCAGUUUCUGUUAACAUUUAUAACAUAGCUGUCAAUAUAGAUGGGAUGGUUGUGGAAAUGGAUUUUAAUCAAAUAAAGAACAAGUUCAGAACAACCUACCAACUGAUUGCAGAAAAUUCCAUGGGGAGAACAACAAACACAUUUGUGAUUGAAGGACACGAUUUUCCAAUUGAACCUUUUCAUAUUCAUUUUAAAGAAUUUGAAUCUUCUGCUCUACUUGAGUGGUCUGCCCUUACUCCAGAUUUGGACAUGACAUAUGAAGCCAUUGUAAACAAGUCCUCAAGAGAUGUUACUAUUGACCGCAUUGAAGGAAAUAAUUUUGAUUUGUAUGAACACAAGUUGAAGGAUUUGGAAAUAAAUUCUAUUUACAUUCUUCAGUUGUGUACAACUAAUGCAAUUGGUAAAAAUUGUAGUUCAACAUUUAAAAUCAAAACGAAUGAACUGCAGUCUUCAUCAUGUAAAGUUUCAGCCAAUGAAAUGUCGUUGUCAGAGACUACCUUGAUAGUCAUUGUCGUUAUUGGCGGUGUCGGCUUCGUGUCGAUCCUUGUCUUUAUUCUGAUCGUCAGAAAACGAAAACUGAAAAACAGAAGUAAGAACUUCGUUGCAAUUUUGUAG